AUGAUUUCUACUGAAAUCAAUUCAAACGAUACUAUUGUUAGAUUUGAUUAAAUUGUCGGUUAACAGGAGGAUUAAGAAUAUAGAGUAAGUGAUAUCUGUAAGUAGAGUCCUCAAGAUGUUGUAGUCAUAUAAGAUUAAAAUCAACCACAAAAUAGCUAAAUUCCUGAGAUUGGUCAGCAAAUUUUGGAUCCAGAGUAAUUGAAAUUAAAAGAGAAAGAAAGAAUGGAGAGGAUUAUCAAGUAAAUAUGUUAGAUGAAUAUCAUUAGUAUUCCAAACACUCUGAAAAGGUCAUUGUCAACAAUUAAUGAAGUCCCUGAUUAAUCCAUAAGUAUUUCUCCUCCAGCAGUUCAUAUUAAUCGAAAAGAUGUAAUAUUUUUAAAUUAAAUGAGUUUGAAGAUGAAAUGGAAGAAUAACAUCAAAAAUAAGGUUAACAUGAAUUGAAUUAGUAACAAAAAUUAAAGAAAAGGUCUAAAAAGAAGAAGAAAAAGUAAUAACAAACCAGUGAUUUUCAUUAGUACUUUUCUAUCAAAGGAUUGGAGUAUUAAUAAAAUAUGAAUAUUACUCUUUAUUUUAGAGACCCAAGGGUUGAUUGUAACUGGAAAUUACUCUUUAGCUAUUUUACUCUAAUAAUAUUGAGUAAUAUCAUUUUACAAACCUUUGAGGUAAUCAGAUAUUCCUAAAGCAUUUGUAAAUUGGAAGGGUUGGAUAAUUUAUUUGUUUAUCUAAACCAAUUGCUUUAUGUAUUUGGUAAAAUAGGUAUUCUUAGUUUGAAUUACUAAGAGUUUACAAAUACUUCAUCAACCAAACCUAAGAUACCAUUAUUAAAUAGCACCCUUUUUAGUUCCAUAUUUAUAAUUCUUUAAUUGCCAUUAUAUGUGUUUGAUUUUGUUUUGUGUUAAUCUCGUAGCGAACUAUUUACAUUAAACUAUAGUUUAUUCAUUUUGAACUGUUUGGAUUGGUUCAUAAUAUCUGUAAUGAGUGUUAUAAUCCUUUUGCAUUCUAUUAUCAAGAUAACCUUAAAGCCUAAAACUUGGAAAAAAUUAAAGUACUCAUCCAUUCAUAAAAAAUAGGAAAUUACUAUAGUAUCUUUAUUAUAUAUUAUUACUCCUUGUUUAGAUUUUAUAGUGGUUAGUUACCUUCACUUAAUCAACUUCAUCCUUUUUACCAGCAAUGAUUAUGGAGAACGUCUAUAUCUUUUUCUCAUUACUGACUAGCGUGUACUUAUCAAUAAGAAAAUUCUAUUUUCACAAAGACCCUUUUUUAAUUAGACAUGAGUUGCUCUAUAAUGAACCAACUUGUGUGAAUUAAGAUGAAAAUUUUCACAAUUAAGAGAAGAGCGAAAAGCUUUUACACAACUGUUCAAUCAAUAUGAAAAAAAGAAUCAAACACAGUCCAAUCUCUUCAUUUUCUAGUAUCUAAUUAACAAAAACAAAUACUAUUUCAAGAAAAGAAUGAUGGCUUUUCUAUUUAAAUAAUAUUUGAGUUUGAUUUUUAAAAUCUUAUUAUAAAUUCUUAAAGAAUUUAAUAAAUUCUUAAUUUAUUUAAUAUUAUAGUCAAAUCAAUAUAAUAGAAAAAANUCAACCACAAAAUAGCUAAAUUCCUGAGAUUGGUCAGCAAAUUUUGGAUCCAGAGUAAUUGAAAUUAAAAGAGAAAGAAAGAAUGGAGAGGAUUAUCAAGUAAAUAUGUUAGAUGAAUAUCAUUAGUAUUCCAAACACUCUGAAAAGGUCAUUGUCAACAAUUAAUGAAGUCCCUGAUUAAUCCAUAAGUAUUUCUCCUCCAGCAGUUCAUAUUAAUCGAAAAGAUGUAAUAUUUUUAAAUUAAAUGAGUUUGAAGAUGAAAUGGAAGAAUAACAUCAAAAAUAAGGUUAACAUGAAUUGAAUUAGUAACAAAAAUUAAAGAAAAGGUCUAAAAAGAAGAAGAAAAAGUAAUAACAAACCAGUGAUUUUCAUUAGUACUUUUCUAUCAAAGGAUUGGAGUAUUAAUAAAAUAUGAAUAUUACUCUUUAUUUUAGAGACCCAAGGGUUGAUUGUAACUGGAAAUUACUCUUUAGCUAUUUUACUCUAAUAAUAUUGAGUAAUAUCAUUUUACAAACCUUUGAGGUAAUCAGAUAUUCCUAAAGCAUUUGUAAAUUGGAAGGGUUGGAUAAUUUAUUUGUUUAUCUAAACCAAUUGCUUUAUGUAUUUGGUAAAAUAGGUAUUCUUAGUUUGAAUUACUAAGAGUUUACAAAUACUUCAUCAACCAAACCUAAGAUACCAUUAUUAAAUAGCACCCUUUUUAGUUCCAUAUUUAUAAUUCUUUAAUUGCCAUUAUAUGUGUUUGAUUUUGUUUUGUGUUAAUCUCGUAGCGAACUAUUUACAUUAAACUAUAGUUUAUUCAUUUUGAACUGUUUGGAUUGGUUCAUAAUAUCUGUAAUGAGUGUUAUAAUCCUUUUGCAUUCUAUUAUCAAGAUAACCUUAAAGCCUAAAACUUGGAAAAAAUUAAAGUACUCAUCCAUUCAUAAAAAAUAGGAAAUUACUAUAGUAUCUUUAUUAUAUAUUAUUACUCCUUGUUUAGAUUUUAUAGUGGUUAGUUACCUUCACUUAAUCAACUUCAUCCUUUUUACCAGCAAUGAUUAUGGAGAACGUCUAUAUCUUUUUCUCAUUACUGACUAGCGUGUACUUAUCAAUAAGAAAAUUCUAUUUUCACAAAGACCCUUUUUUAAUUAGACAUGAGUUGCUCUAUAAUGAACCAACUUGUGUGAAUUAAGAUGAAAAUUUUCACAAUUAAGAGAAGAGCGAAAAGCUUUUACACAACUGUUCAAUCAAUAUGAAAAAAAGAAUCAAACACAGUCCAAUCUCUUCAUUUUCUAGUAUCUAAUUAACAAAAACAAAUACUAUUUCAAGAAAAGAAUGA